AUGAGAAGAUCCAGAGUAAAUGCCAAUAUUGGUGAAGCUGAAGCACUUGCAUUUAUAAUGAAAGUGAAAUAUGAGUUUCAAGAUAAGAGGGAAAAGUAUGAAGAAUUUUUAGAACUUAUGAAAGAUUUCAAGGCCCAAAGAAUUGAUACAGAAGCUGUGAAAGAAAGAGUUAUGGAGUUAUUUAAAGAACAUCAAUAUUUGAUUUCAAGAUUCAACAUCUUCAUGCCAUCAGGACAUGAAAUCUCACUUCCAUUGGAUGAUGAUCAACAAGAAAGUGAUGGAUUAGAGUUCAAAGAUGAACAUAAUGAUGAUGAACUUCAAGGUGAUGGAGUGGCACUCAAAGAUGAGCAGAAAAAUGAUGAAGAAUAA